AGGUGAAGGCCACAGAUUAUUCUGAUGCGUGUCCGCGUAUUCGUUUUCUUCAAGAAAAACCCAUGUUAAGAAUCCGCCUAGGUGGUCUCGCGUCAGCUGAUCUUGUCCCCUUAUCCACUAAUUUCUCUUGGAGAUCUGCAAUUUUUCUGCAUCAAAUUCCAAUUUUAUCAUUUAUUAAAUUAAAACGCAAUCUGGGGUGUUCUGAGUUCAGCUGCAAGAUUUAAGCGACCAAUUUUCCCUUUUUGCUUGGAUUUGCAAAUAUGGGGAUGAAAGCUGAUAUUUCAGAUUACAGACGUAAGCUGGACAAGACACUGGCAUCUCAGAGCUUGGCAAAUGAAGAAACAAUCAAGACAAUAGUGAAGAAUCAAUUUUUGCGCUCAUCCGUGGAUUUGCAACUUGGAGAACAUUUUAACAAUGUAGUGGAAAGAAGAAGUAAAGAAGUGUCCAGUUUUCUUGAUAUGUUGAGGAGUGCGUCGGUUGAUAGCACUGAGAGAUCAAAAUUCAGUGAGGAAUCAGACCGUGGCUGGAAAGUAAAACAGGACACGGAAGAGUUUAGGGUUAUGUACCGAGAAGGGCCAGAAGGCACUCCCUUUCACACGCUACUUGUUGAAGGCUACGUGGAUGGUCCACUAGAUGUUUGUCUGUGUAUAUCAUGGGAGUCGAGCCUCUAUAAGAAAUGGUGGCCUCAAACUGCAAUUCCAACUUUCAAAAUCGUUUCAUCCCAGUGUUUACAAAGAGUUAGAACUGGUGAACAAAUAUCGUUAGUGAGGAUGAAAGUUUCAUGGCCAUUAUCAAGCAGAGAGGUUCUAGCACAUUAUUUCGCAUUUGAAUACUUUGAAGACGGGCUAGUUGUUGUGCUUCUUAAUUCGAUCUCCGAUUCAGAGACCAUCCAGAUAAGUACACAUGGUUUCACCAGAGAUGGAAUACCUGAUGCACAGGAUGUAGUGAGAAUUGAUGUAGUGGGAGGCUUUGCAAUACAAAAAGUGACUACAGACAGGAGCUACUUCCGGACAAUUGCAAACAUGGAUAUCAAAUUGGACUUUAUUCCUCCAGCAUUCAUCAAUUUUAUCUCAAGGCAGCUCAUUGGUAGCGGUUUCAAGCUCUAUAAAAAGGAAGUUGCUUCAGUUUCGAAAGGUGACAAAGAAUUUAGGGAGACUUUAAAAGACCCACUCUACACUCGCAUACGCGAGGCUCUUUAUUCAGAGAAUGUAACUGUUGAGGCUCCUGAACAAGGACUGCAGAAAGAGACGUCCAUUAUGGCUGAAGAACAAACAGAGGCAAGAGAAGAUUAUCAUAUGAAGGAGAAUAUUCGUAGCAAUGACAUUGAUAUUGUUGAUUCAAUAUCAGAGGAUGUAGUUGUCAGAGACCAAAAUGGUCUUUGUGAAAUUGAGGAGAUUGGGGAAAUUGACGUUGGAGAAACUGACUUAGUAGAUGAGUUUAUCAAGAAACCGGGCAAUCACCUGACAAAUGAGAUUAGACCCAAAUUUUUGGUCGACAAGAAUAACAAAGUUGUUAUUAGCCCCAAGGUCGAACAGGCUCUAGAAACAUUAGAAAAGGCGAUUUCCAUUUUUCAGGAAUACAGAUCCAAUCCUGAAACGGGAUCUCGUCCAGGCAUCAGCAUUGCGAAGUCCAUCAAUAUAGAAACUGAUGGUGCAAAAGAGUCAGUGUCCUCAGAAGCUGAUCAAAUAUGUAGACAAGACUGGAAUCUCACUGGAUUGUCAAAAACAGGAUCCACAGAGAUGACUUUGCACGAGCCCAGGAACAGUUCUGGCAGUCAUGGUUCCAGGUGUAGAGGAUCCAAGGAUACUAGCCAUAAUAAGAUAGCACCAGCUUCACCAGAUGAAGAUCAUUCAAUUUUGGAGAUUAAUCACAUUGCCAUAGAUUCUUCCAAGAAUCAAAGCACCGAGGCCACAGUUUUAGAGACUGAUGACAUUGCUGAAAAGAGAACCGUCAAAAGAAAGAAGUCGAGGUAUUGCUGCUUGACUUUCAUUCCUGGAAAGUCGAUGGCUGAAUAACUUCCAUUGUUGAAGGUGGACCAUAGAUUUACACUUGCCUUUGGCUUCUUGAGCUGAAAUCCAACUUCUUGUACACUAGUAUAAUUAUAAUCAUUCUUACAAUAUUGUCAUUUGCUCUGCAGUUCGAACGUAAGAAAAAUAAAAUUGUAGAAGAAAUAUAUACAAAGCUUUGAGUGUUCUUUUCUUUC